AUGCCGACCCCCGCCGUUGAGCCCGACGCCGCCGCGAUUGAACGGGCCAUGCAACCCUUGCCGGGCAUCGUGCCAGUCGCUGCGAUCGGGACGCCCGUCAUGGACGGCCGCUUGCGAUUGCAAUAUUCCAGGCAAAACUACCUGAUGGAGGAUGCGGGUGUUGGUUCAUUUGUCCACUUUGACGCGACUGACCUAUACAGCUGUGGAUUCAAGAACACGAGCACGAACAUUGGCUGCGCAAGCAGCACCACUGGAGGGUGUGGCAUUCUUGAAGGCGGAUGUGGCGCCAGCGGCUCACCUAGUUGUGCGUGCAGCAUCGGCGGGGGUGCGGCUGUGGAUCGAGCAACAGCGAAGGUGGUGGAGGACGUUGCGAAAGUAGUUCCUCGACUGGUUAGCAUUCAACGCAGGUGCUGCCAUGAUUGA